AUGGCGUACUCAGGAAGACUUGCAAUCGUGGCGGGCGGCAUCGGCGGCCUGGGCUCUGUCACAGCCCAACGGUUGCGCGAACAUGGAGCUGAUGUCGCAUUGCUCUACGCUCCAUUCGAAGCAGGACGAGUUGAGGAAACUCUCGAGCGCGUUUUCGAGACCAAGACCCCGGAACGGGUCCAUACCUUUGAGUGCGACAUCACUUCGGAACCGUCAGUCAAGCAAGUCUUCGAGAGGAUCGGCAAGCUCGAGUCCUUCCCAUGUAUCUUGAUCAAUGCUGCAGGAUAUGUUUCCGUACAGCCUUUGGAGGAGACAUCAGCAGAGGAGGUGAUGAGGAACCUGCUGCCCAACAUGCUAGGUCCAUUCAUCACCAGCAAUGCGUUCUUCCAUUUGUACCAGACUCGGGCUUCGCAAGUGGACAAAAGCCAUGUUCCACCAGGACGAAUCGUGAGCAUUGCGUCUCAGGCUGCUCAUGUUGCCCUCGAUGGCCACGGGGCAUACUGUGCCUCGAAAGCCGGACUCAUCGGGCAUACGAGGUGCAUGGCAAGUGAAUGGGGUCCCAAAGGUAUCACUGCAAACACUGUCAGCCCAACAGUAACAUGGACUCCCCUGGCAGCAAAGGCGUGGGCGGACGAGGCGAAGAAAGAAAAGCAUCUCGCUCAGAUUCCGACGGGACGUUUCAGCAUGCCUUCUGAAAUUGCCCACGCCAUUGAAUUUCUAUGCCGAGAUGAAAGUGCCAUGAUCAAUGGAGCAGACAUUCGCGUUGACGGGGGCUUCACCAUAAGUAGAUAG